AUGCUCCACCAGGAAACACCUGGCUGGGGCAGGAUUCACCCCGGCUCCUCUCUCUCCUCCCGGGCUGCUGCAGGGCUCAUCCUUGCCCCCAAAAGCGGCUUCUGUCUGGGGCCCGGGGGCUCGCUUGCCUCCGGAUGGAGUAAAGACAGACUCGGGAAACCAGGCUCCUGCGCGUGCUUCUACCUCCAGCCCCGAGCUCUGCGCCUCCACCUGACCCUGCCCCAGUGCACGUUGCCUCCCCAGCUUUCCUCCCAGCCCUUCCUCACUGCCACCACCUCCACCACUGGAGACCGGCCCACGCCACGGCCCAGCCGAGCCCCGGCACAGCUCCUGGCAUGGCGCAGACUCUGUGAACCACCGACGCUGCGUGGGGAAAGGGACUGUUUCUGGCCAGGAAGCGGGAACGCCAACACCAGCAGCUUCCCAGGAAACCUGCUCCGGUUCCUGCCCAGCCACGCAGGAGGUGGCAGUGGCCCGCUCUGCGCCAGCAUGGUCAUGGCUGGGCUGUUCAUGCUCAGCCUGGGAGGCUCCGUCCUGCUCCCGGCGCUGGCCCCAGCAGGCACUCAGGGGAGCUGGAUCAUCGGGGGAAAGGUGGUAGCACCCCAUUCCCGGCCCUUCAUCGCCUCCAUCCAGAUGGAUGGGCAACAUGUCUGCGGGGGCUUCCUGGUGUGGCCCAAGUGGGUGAUGACAGCAGCCCACUGCCUCAUUCCCAGGCGCAACCCCUCGGUGCGUGUGGUGCUGGGCGCCCACAGGCUGGAGGAGCCUGAGGAGUCCCAGCAGGUCUUCAGCAUCGCCGAGUCCAUCGCCCACCCGCACUACAACCCCCGCUUGGUGGACAACGACAUCCGCCUGCUCAGGCUGAACAGGUCGGCCACACUGAACAAGUACGUGAAGCGGAUCCGCCUGCCCUCACCGCACAUCGACCUGAAGCCUGGCACAGUCUGCUACGUGGUGGGCUGGGGUGACACCUCCAACUACGGCGACCAGCCCACCGAGCUGAUGGAGACUGGCACCACCAUCGUCAAGCGGAGCCUCUGCCGAACGCUGUGGAGGGGCAAGGUCUCGCCCAACAUGCUGUGUGGGGCCAGCCGCAACACCACGCUGCAGGGCGUCUGCGCAGGCGACUCCGGGGGACCCCUGAUCUUCAAGGAAAAGGUUUACGGCAUCGUCUCAUUCUCUGGGGAGAGAUGUGGGGACCGCCGGUACCCUGACAUCUACACCAAGAUCUCCAACUACAUCGACUGGGUGCAUCGCACUGUGCAAGGGUGCCACCAUCAGAAGGGGCAGCUGAAGCCCUAG